CAGGUCCUGCCAGCAGAGAUCUUAAGUCCUCUCACCUUACAAACAUGAAGCUGGUUGUAUUAGUGGUGGUGUUGGUGGCCGGGGUCCUGGCAGACAAGAAGCCCCUCGUCGACCCUCCCGUCGCCAUCUUGCACAGCGAACAGCAUCACCCAGACGCGACCGGCGCACACAGCUUCGACUUCGAGGCGGAGAAUGGUAUCAAGUUGCACGUGUCUGGCUCUCAGGGCGAGAACGGCGGAACCAACAGCAUCGGCUACUGGAGUUACCCAUUGGAGGACGGUAGUGUGGCAUCACUCAAGUUCGUGGCGGACGAGUUUGGUUUCCAGCCCCAGUCCGACCUGCUGCCCGUGGCCCCCGCCUUCCCCCACCCCAUCCCUCAGUUCGUCCUCGACCAGAUCGCUUUCGCUGAGGCUGAGAAGACGCGCAAGGCUCAAGAGGGCCAUUCUGUUGAGAAAUAAGUUACCACCUCACCCUGCCCGCCAUAAUGUUCUCUACCGAACCAGCGAUAACUUAUUUAUAAAUCUCAGACAACGUUUAAUAGUAUAAGGCUUUAACUAUUUAUUCUCACUCAGAGUUACACAAUAGAACGUAACUCCUGAGUCACCUCCAUCAUGUAGGUAAACAGAAUAAAGUUUUGGAUUAUGAAU